GUUGGAUGUUGGCAAAAUUCGUAAGGAAGAAGAAGCCGUCUUACGAAGUGGGAAGAUUGUGAGCCGCCUCAGAGACCGAGUGAGCAGAGCAAGAGCUUCACCGGCCUCAGUCGUUUCGCCGCACUCUUUCUUCUGGGUUUAAGCAGAUAUAGGUAUCAGGGUGGGAAGGUGGGCAUGGAUAUCACGAGAAAGAGUAAAAAGAAGAAAUUGGUGAAGGAAGGCGGGAAGGAUGAGAAGCGUGGGGUUUGCUACUUGGGUCGGAUUCCUCCUCGCAUGGAUCCUUCAACACUUCGUCAGAUGCUCUCUCAGUUUGGAGAGAUACAAAGGGUUUAUCUUACACCUCAAGACCCUUCUGCUCAAGUACAUAACAUCCGAGCUGGUAAAUUUCAAAGGCAAAACUUUUCAGAAGGGUGGGUUGAAUUUUCUGACAAAAGGGUUGCUAAGAGAGUUGCUAAUAUGUUAAAUGGUGAACAAAUAGGUGGGAGGAAGAGGUCAUCUUUCUACUAUGAUCUUUGGAAUAUCAAGUAUUUAAGUAAAUUCAAGUGGGAUGAUCUUACUGAAGAGAUUGCUUACAAGAAAGCCACUCGGGAGCAAAAACUAGCUUUAGAAAUAUCUGCUGCUAAGAGGGAGCGGGAUUUCUAUCUCUCUAAAGUUGAUAAGUCCCGUGCUUUGAGUUGCAUAGAAGAAAGAUUGAAAAAGAAGCAAAAGGUCGAAGAAGAUCCAGGACUAAAGCAAAAGGCCGAAGAAGAUCCAGAAAACAAGCCUGAUCUCCCUGUUAGCCAGCCAAAACGGGAGGUAAUUCGCCGGUUCCGACAGAAGACACCUGUUGCAGAUAAUGCUGCUGAAAUCAGACCUCGGCUCUCGAAAGAUAUACUUGCAGGGGUAUUUGGUGGUUCUUAGUGCUCAAAAUUUUAAUGAUUGGCAUACUUAAAAGUGCAUCUGCUAUAAACCAAGGACAUUGUCUGGAUCUCCGGAGUGCCUGCCUGUGUUUGAGAUUCGAGUGGUCUUUCCCAAUUUUGUCACUGAUCGAGCUGGAACUAAUCUGUAUAUGGUUUGAACCAGGAUCACAAAAUCAGACAAUGUGAACCGUGUGAAAGAUACUUGUAUCUGUAUUUAUUUUAUAUGAUAAGUUGCUUUUCGUUUGAGUUAUAUGGACAAAUCAUAUCAAGGACCUUUUUAUGGUUGAUGUUCUUCACCUCCCCGUGACCGUGAUUUAAUUUUGCUAUGUCGUUUCACCCUAGUCGCCUUAGUUAUCCUAUGGUACUAUGAGAUUUACGAUGAAUAUUAUUUGUUUUUUUAAUUU